UUCCGGUUGAUGUGUCUAAAGUAUCUUUCUGGAAGUGAGAAAUCAAGGACGGGAACCUGAAACCAGAACCGGCCCCGGUUUGGAACCUGCAGUGGCUGGCUCUGGCUCGGGUGACGCUGUCUGUGGGGCUCUUUCCUUUCAACGGCCUGCAGUGAAUUGUUCUUUCCACCUUUUCCCUGUUGACUUACUCGGCAGCAACAACAGCGACGCACAACUACGAAACAGAAACCCGACAUGGCACGACGGUGUGCGAUGGCCCUGUUCCUCCUGGGCGCGAAGGCAGUUUCAGCUUGGGAUCAUGUCUCGAGCGGUGAGCUCAAGAUGGUUGUUGAGAUGGGAGACCCGGUGUUGGUUGCUUUUAUCAAGCCCGAUGGACCAGCCAGUGCAGCUCUCGAGCAGGAGUGGUUAUCGGCUGCCGCAAGUGGUGCGAAACACAAGCAGCAACUGCUAAGCGUGGACUGCUCCGCUUCCGAGGUCGACUGUGACAUUCAGGAGAACAUCGAGUUCCCUUCCAUCUUUGUGUUGCAGCGAGACAAGCCUAUCGCACAGUAUCGAGGCACGAAACGUGCCGCGGCGAUGUUGCAUUUCCUUUCGAGGCGAACCCGUCCCGUCGUCACGGAAGGCCUUGAUGGUGACCAGCUUGCGGGCUUCAAAACGGCUGAUGAGACGGUAUUUGUCGCCUACCUCGACCAAUCCGACCGAGACUCUGCUGCCGUCUUCGGCGAGGUCGCAAUGCGAUACCGCGACGAGUUCUCGUUCGGGACUGUCGUCGAUCCUGAAGUGGCCGGAUCACAGGGGUUGGAAGCUCCUGCGGUGGUCUGCUACAAGCUUGUUGAUGGGGAUACGGUGACGCUCAAGGAAGUUCAGGGGUUCGAUGAGCUGGACAACUGGGUCAAGGAGGCGUCACGGCCGGUGAUUAGUGAACUAACGGUCCUGAACUGGCAGAGGCUUCUUGAUCGCGGAUGGCCAAUGGUUUAUCUAUUUGGUUCUACCGAAGCUCAGAGGCAGCAGCUUCGAAAAUCGCUAUACAAGUUCGCCCGGAGUUACUACGACUCUCUGACCUCUGUCAUGGUCGACCCGAACGAGUUCCCAGACUUGAUGGGCCGGCUGGGGUUGGAACCAAGUGUCUUCCCGGCCGGGGCGGUACACCAGCUGUCGAAGGAUCGCAUAUACCCCUACUCCAAAGGAUGGUCCUUCAGUUCCGAUGCUCUCCAGCGAUGGGCCCUCGACGUCUACCAGGGCCGCAUCAAGCCCUGGACACCCCCGGGUGUCACCACGACGUUCGAGGAUCUUGGCCCGACUCGGGCUGCAAUGCGGAAAGUGUCCAUGGCCAGCAUCCCAGGCGUCAAGAUCAAAAUUGCAGGACACGAUGAACUCUGACCGUUUGCCAUUCUUGCAGAGUGGUGAUGU